GAUUUCUUCACGGCAACAAGCAAACGGUUCACGAAAACGAGCGUGACAUUUGUUUCUCACAGCAUGGGGAAGACAGUAACACUAGCAACUUGUACUUUAAAUCAAUGGGCCAUGGAUUUUAAAGGAAAUAUGGCUCGAAUAUCAGAAAGUAUCAAAAUAGCAAAGGAAAGAGGAGCUACCUACCGCCUCGGCCCGGAACUGGAAGUCACGGGCUAUGGAUGUAGUGAUCAUUUCUUUGAGAGUGACACGUUUCUCCAUUCUUGGCAAGUGUUAGCUGAGCUGCUGUCUAACCGUGACAACAUGGAUAUCAUGUGUGACAUCGGCAUGCCUGUAAUGCAUAAAAAUGUUGCUUAUAACUGCCGAGUGAUAUUUGUCAACAGAAAAAUUAUGUUAAUCCGUCCGAAGAUGACCCUGGCUAAUGAUGGUAACUACCGAGAGACUCGAUGGUUUACGUCGUGGAAACGACAUAAGUGUACAGAGGAGUUCUUCCUCCCUAGAAUGAUUCAGGAAAUCACUGGACAGAAAACCGUACCAAUAGGAGACGCUGUGAUAUCCACCAAUGACACGUGUCUGGGGAGUGAGAUCUGUGAAGAACUUUGGUCCCCUGAUGGACACCACAUCGAUCUAAGUUUAGACGGGGUGGAAAUUAUAGCCAAUGGAAGUGGGAGUCACCAUGAACUCAGGAAGGGCUACGUCAGGGUGGAUCUCAUUAAGUCAUGUACCAUGAAGUGUGGUGGGAUUUACAUAUUUGCCAAUCAGCUGGGAUGUGAUGGAGAGAGGACCUACUAUGAUGGAUGCUCAAUGAUCGCCAUGAAUGGAAACAUUGUGUCACAGGGCCCACAGUUUGCUAUCCAGGAAGUGAUAGUGAACACAGCCACUGUUGAUUUGGAAGACGUAAGAAUGUACAGGAAUUCAAUUCGCAGUAGGUCCGAAAUGGCUUCAAAUGUCCAGUCCUUUCCCAGGGUCCAGUGUGACUUCUCGUUGUCUCACCCUGACUUUUUCCAGCCAACCACUGACCCCAUUCAGUGGGUAUUUCACACCCCCGAACAGGAGAUCAGCCUGGGACCGGCUUGCUGGCUGUGGGACUACUUGCGGAGAAGUGGACAGGGUGGAUAUUUCCUUCCACUUAGUGGAGGAAUCGACAGCUCCAGCACUGCCUGUAUAGUGGCUUCAAUGUGUCAUCUGGUGGUAGAAUCUGUUCAGAGGGGAGAUAAAACUGUUCUGUCAGAUGUAAGAAGAAUUGUUGGAGAUGGCACUUACACUCCAUCUGACCCCAGUGAACUUGCCAGCAGACUGUUUACCACUUGUUACAUGGGCACAGAAAAUAGUUCAGAAGACACCAGAUCAAGAGCGGCAGAACUGGCAGGGCAGAUUGGAAGUUUCCAUUUGUCGAUAAGUAUUGAUGUUGCUGUGGCGGCAGUUUUAGGUGUGUUCACUACAGCGCUGAAACUUCUGCCAAAAUUCAAGGUCAACGGAGGCAGUCUUCGAGAAAAUCUGGCCUUACAGAAUGUUCAGGCCCGUUUGAGAAUGGUUUUGGCAUACCUGUUUGCCCAGCUGUGCUUGUGGGCCAGGGGAAGAUCUGGGGGCCUCCUGGUGCUGGGGUCUGCAAAUGUGGAUGAGGGACUACGUGGUUACAUGACGAAGUACGACUGCUCCAGUGCUGACAUCAAUCCUAUUGGAGGAAUCAGUAAAACAGAUCUGCGCCGGUUCAUUCUGUACUGCUCGGAACAUUUUGGAUUCACUGCUCUCAACAAGAUCUUCCAUGCCCCUCCAUCAGCAGAGUUAGAGCCCCUGCAGCAGGGCCAGCUAGCCCAGACAGAUGAGGAAGACAUGGGUAUGACGUAUGAGGAACUCUCUGUCUAUGGUCGACUGAGAAAACAAAAUCGCUGUGGUCCAUACAGCAUGUUCUGUAAACUGGUUCAAGUGUGGAAGGACAAGUUUUCACCAGAAGAGGUGGCAGACAAGGUGAAGCACUUUUUCCGCUGCUAUGCCAUCAAUCGGCACAAAAUGACCACGCUGACCCCAUCAUACCACGCAGAGACCUAUAGUCCAGAUGAUAAUCGUUAUGACCACAGACAGUUCUUAUACAAUGUCAAGUGGCCAUGGCAGUUUGAAUGCAUCGAUGCUCAGGUCGAGAAACUGAUGAUCCUAUACGAGGAAUCGCAGAGGACUCAGAGAAGAAACCUUCCCUCGUCCAGCUCCUUGCAAAACCCGGUGAACCAUAACCAAAAUGUGUUUGAUCCGUCCAACAAAGGUCAAGGCACUUCUGAAUACGGUAUUGUCGUGUCCAAUCAGAUCUGCGAGGGGGAUCCUGAGGAUUCGGUCAAAAUCGAGAAUUAUGGAAUUGGACAUCAGCUGAAUACAGCAGGUCAAAGUCAAGCUAUGAAGACCAUACAACUUGGUGAUUCAGCAACUAAAAUGAAGAUCCCAAGAGGGAAGACCCCUGUUUUACCAAUGGAAGCAACUUGCAAUGGAUACAGAUUAGAAAAUGAGCAGGUUAAGCCUUUAAUGAACGAGAUGAAGUCAUCAAAUCGUCUCUCUGUGGGAGAUGAGCUAAUCCAGGUGGAUGAUGUGGAGGGGUGUGGGGUGGUUUGGAAGGAUCUGUACACUCCUACGAGUUGUAAACGCCAUCUAUUAAACCAGACAGACAGAGAGUUUCAGUCAAAGAGAUCUCGCAGUUUGCUUACCGUAUGAACUGUUUGAAUUCUGGGUAAUUUUAAACAUUCCUAAACCUACACUCUUAUCCACUUUAUAUAUAUGCUCAAAAAUAUCAAAGCAUAUCUGAAAAAUGAAUACAAAAGAGAACAAUAGAUUAAAUGAAAUCCAUUGAUUCCAUUAUUUAGGGGGGGUAGAAGGGUGUGAUGAUGUGAUUGAGGAACUAAAUCUCUAUGGAUUUUGGUUUUUUUUAUGUUUAUAUAAUUAUGCUUAUAUAAAUAUAAUCUGAAUUUUUUUUACUAUAUAUUCUAUUAGAAAACCUAUCUCUUGAUAUUUAAGAGAAUUAGAUUAGAAAUUACUGAUGUUGAAAACUGGUCAAUAUGUCCUAGUAAUGUCAUGGCAAUCAUAUUCAUGACUAUUUCUGUUUUGGAAUGUACAUGAAAAUACAUUUAUGCACUUAUGUGAAUUUACUUCAUCUUCUGCACGCAGUUUGAAAUGCAGUGAUUUUGACCAUCAUUGUAUUGAUCACAUUUAUUUUAUCGUUGGUAAAAUUUUGUGACUCUGUAUUUUGUAGUGUUUUCCAUCUUACACAGGGUAGUACUUUCAUUGUUAGAUUGAUGUGAAUGUUUUUAAAAAUGUAUAACACACCAGAGAAAACUGUUAUGAAUGAAAAAUGAAGAUUUUGUACAAUAUUUUACAAAUUCAAAAUGUUGUUUAUUCGGAGGGGGAGGGGGGGGGGUGCAGUUUUUAGUAAAAAGUAACCAGAAUAAAAAUUGAAAUAUCUGAGAUUUGGACGUUGGACCUACAGAUCAGCAACCUCACAUGUUAACCCGCUGAACUAGGCUAUGAAGUUUAUAUGGACCUGGACUGAGUUUUACUAAACUUCUUAUCUUAUGCAAAAAUUUCUGACUUAAGAAUUUAUAUAUUACUAGUCUGAUAUUUAUUUUUCUUUUUAUGGUUUGAAGGAAUGUCGGCCAUUAGGACGAUGUGUUAUAUUCCAGUAUGAUACAUGUACAUGGAUCAAAAUUGUAAUAAUGUUGUUUUGUUGUUGUGUUGUUGGAUUUAGAAUUUUGUCCUGCAUAUCAUUAAGAAAAAAAUUUAGAGCCCCAGAACUCCUACGGAACUUGAAGACACGAUCUUCAGAUUGCUAUCACGAUACCUUAAUCCACUGACCUAUUACUAGGUGUGGUGAAUUUGAUCAUCAAUGGUGUACUUCAUUUGAAAUACUGUGACAACAUGGAUAAUGUAUGUGCUAUUCCUUCUUAAUUAGAGGGCAAAUUUUUUUUUUUUUAAACUUUGUGAAAUCAGACCUACUUCUGCAGUAAAACAUGCGUAUAGCGAUGUGCUGGGAGCAAACAAUUUUGAUUUAUUAUAAACAUAACUUGUUAUAUUCAGUAAAAUCAUGAUAUGUUUUAAAACUUCGUUGUAAGCGUUAAUUCGUUAUAAAUGUAUUUGCUGUAACCAUGUUUUACUGUAUUUAUAUACUGCUGGUGAUAUAACUGAUCUCACUUUGAAAGUAGAUAUUUUUAUGUUCCAGUAUGUGUUUUUACACAAAACAUACUUCAUGUAUAUUACAAAUACUGCACGAUUAAUAAAUAGUCAAAUCUUCAA